UCUAUGGUCAUGUAUUGGAAUUAAAUAAAUAUCACAGAAAUGUUUUAAUUCGUAUUUGCAGUUAUUGAAGGCAUGGCUUUAUUUUGUAACACAUAGCAACAUUAGCAACGCUGACAUCAUGCCAAACGUCAAUAUGUGUUUGAAAGUUUACCGUUUGGGCUUGGUUGGUUUGUUUGUGGUGUUAUUGUUCCGAUUCCUACGCUUCCUUUUAAACGUUGAAAUAAUUAUACACAUUCAAAAUGAUUCGAAUGAAUCGGUGGAAAGGAGGAACCGACGAAGAAUACGAAACCCAGCACUUUGGCUUCGGAGCGCAGCGCGUCAAAAUAGCUCUUCGACAAAUGGUUGAAGAAAAGAUUAGGACUGGUGUGUGUGAUAUGGAAACGUAUCUUCUAAAUUCCCUUGACCUAAAUGAAAGUGACAAAGAAGCAAUACGUAGUUUGUGUAAAAAAAUAUUACGGCUAUACUGUGAACGAGCAGAGCCUUCCUUGGAAGUGGUGGACAGUGAAAUCGAGAGAAUAUUGUCUGUGCCUUCAAAUGUGCUGCUACCUGCUGAUGAGGUUCACGAAGAAGAAAUUACAGAUACUGAAUACGAUAAAUUAAAACAAGAUGUUACGGCUUUGAGGAACAGAGUAGAGCGAGCAGCUUUGAUGGAUGCUUUACUCACUGCGGAGGAGAAUGACAUAUCUGCUUUGGAAAAGGUGUAUGAAACUGCUAAACAGAACAUGGAAAUCCAGGAUAUGAUAAAUAAGACCUUGGAUAAAAGUGAUUUAAAAACAAUUCAAAGUAGUGCACAAAUAUUGUGUGCACAGAGUGCAUUGAAGGAUGAUGGGUUUUUAGAUGAAUCAUCUUGAAAUUAAUAAUUUAUUGUACAUAAUAUGUAUUAUAUUUAGUAGUACCAUUCUUAGGUGAUUUUUGUACAAUAUUAUUCAUAUUCUUUUGAUGGUUAUUCGGGUGAAUUUGUAAAUAGUAUUUUUUAUGAAAUGUUGAUGAUCAAGGUACUCAUACCUUACAAGAGACUAGGACCUUAGUUAUGCAGAAAAUAACCACCUCAAUUUUCUUAUCAUUGCAAUAAGUGACCAAAUUCACUGAAUUAUGAUGUAAGUCACUUUGGUUGUUUUCUACAAAACUAUGGUCAGUUGCAAAUAGUGUUGUGUAGUUUCAUGCUAACACAUUCAUUAUAAGUAGGUAUAUUUUUGU